AAGAGAAAGCAAAAGAGGAGAAGCAACAGAAAAGCAACAGAUCGAGUAGCUGAUGGUCGCUGUGAUAAAGUAAACAUUCGGGAUUAAGAUGAGAGAGAGAUGAAGUUUGUCUGGCACUAGAGGUAGAGAGGGAGGGUGAAAGGAGAGAGUGGGGGCAGUGGGAGGGAGGAGAGACAGAAGAUCCAGCCCUCUGGGACAGCAGUUGUGUGUUUUGGGGGGUGGACAGAGUGGCUUUGAAUGCAGAACAUCACUGGACACCGACAGGAGGGUUGCUGUCAGUUGGUCUCUGUGUGUGUGUCUGUAGUGAAACCAGACCUACCUCUGAUCCCUGCACCACACACACACUCCUCUAUCUGCUGCCUUUUUCUUCCUCUAGUUUGAACCCCCCAAUAGUGCGGAUGAGGGUCUUGGAGAGCUGACAGAUGGAGGUCAGGAGCGUCAGGCUGUGAUGUGUAACUUGUUGGAUUAAACUUUCCCGAGGCUCAGCAGCAGCAGCAGCAGCAAUGGACUGGAGCCAGGAGGCGUGAAGUUAAAUGACUGGAGAAUCGGAAGACACUAAAAGCAGCCACCCUGUCUUGGCUCGAUUGUAGGUCUGUGUCUGGACACCGUCCAGGACUCUGUGUUGGUGCUUGAGUGUGUGCAGCCCAUGUUGGUGGCGAGCGAUGCGGAUCUGACCAAACUCAGCGCUCCCAUGCCCGCUGCUAUGCUCCCGUGUCCUGCGCCAGCCGGGUCUGACUGGAGCUUCCAGAACCCGGUGGGGGUGGACUGCAGCUCCCCUGAACCUCGUUGCAUUUGGCUGGCGGUUCUACGUGGAGGCACGACCUCGGAGCCACCCACUUCGCCACCUGCCAUGCCUAUUGGGCACAGCCAGAGCUCUCAUCAGCCCAGGGCUAAGGGGCGGAGGGAUGGUUUCUCCUCAGCCGGUGACAACCCUCGGCCGCCGAUGGCGACCCGGCCGGGAAGGGAGGGGGUCGGCAUGGGCUGGAAGGGUCCCCGGACGCUGGUCCUCCAUAAGAACUCCCAGGGUUUCGGUUUCACAUUACGCCACUUCAUCGUUUAUCCUCCAGAAUCCGCUUUGCACACUAACCUCAAGGAUGAGGAGAACGGUAACGGAAAGGGGUUUCAGAAAGGUCAGUUGGAGCCAAUGGACACUAUAUUUGUGAAGAACGUGAGAGAAAAGGGUCCGGCCCAUCAGGCAGGCCUGUGCACAGGGGAUCGUCUGGUGAAAGUGAAUGGAGAAAGUAUUCUAGGAAAGACGUACUCACAGGUGAUCGCCCUCAUUCAGAACAGUGAGAGCGUGUUGGAGCUCUCCAUUAUGCCAAAGGAUGAAGAUGUGCUUCAGUUGGUAAGUGCGUACUCCCAGGAUGCCUACCUGACGGGUAAUGAACCGUACGCUGGGGGAGCUGAAAACCUUCCGCCGCCACCCCCCCUAUGUUACCCACGCUCCAAGACGACGUCGGUUUCUGGAGCUCCCCUCUCAUCCCCCAUGGGCCAGAACCAGCUGGAUAACUGGAGUCGCUGGCCAGGUUCUUCCAGCCCCUCAUCACCCUUGGACAACCGAUCUGCUGUGUGCAGCCCCGCCAGCUGGCAGGAGGGGCGGCCAGGCGAGCCCGGUGGUGUGGGUCACAGCAGUCCAGCCCACCGCACAGAGGAGAUCCAGUACGGUAUGACCAGCCAGCAGCCUCAGGGCCAGAUUAGGGGACGCUCCUACUCUUCGUCUUCCUCCUCCGGAGGCCCUUUGUCCAGCCCGCUACAAGUUCACUACCCCAACCACCAUGGUGCCAGUUCUUCACAGGCUCAGCCACGCAAGUCCAGCUCAGCCUGGACCAGUCCCCCUCAGCCACAGGUCAGCCACAGCCGCAGUGACCGCUGCCAGCAGGCCCUCUCCGACUGGUACUACAACCAGCAGCCGGAUCGCUCAGUACGCAAGAUGCAGACCCGCCAUCGGAGCUACUCUCAAGACCGGCUCAGUGAAUCUAGGAGGCAGCAGCAGCGUACAGGUGGCUGGCCACACAGCGCCUCCCAGGACACUCUGCUCUUACUUCAGCAGUCAGGACCCGGACCCCAAGGGGAGCCAUACUGGUCCUACGGAGACCACACUGUCACUAACUAUACUCGAACACGCUCUGAAAAUUUGCUCGCCCUCUACGACCACCAUGGUCGCUCGUUAGAGAUGUUGGACCGAGGAGCAGCUGGACUGGUCUCGCCUCGGAUUGACAGGCCCGCGUGGCUCCAGCAGGCCCCCAAGCCUCCCCCGAGGACUGACGCUUACCACAGGCAGGGCAACCAUUUUAGCGCAGCGCAAGCUCCUCAAGUGUCCCGGCAGUCACAGCCAACCUCUAAACACCACCCACAGACCCACACCCAGCCACAGCCGGCGCCCACUCAGAGCAGGCGGCUUCCUCCUGGACAGAGCGUGGACGACCAGCCGGUGGGCUACCGUAGCUACAGCCCAUCUUUUUACCGCAAAACAGGCCGCAUCCUGCAGCAGGCUCAUUCGUUCAGGGACCCUUCAUACUCUGGCCCCCACUUAAACUGGAACCCAGUACCUAAAACCAGCCCUCCAGAGGGGACGCCAGCACCUCCCACUGCCUCCACCACAACUCCAGUUGCCUCGGCCACGCCCGAAUCCCAGGACAGAGGGUACAGGCCAACAAACCACGAGAGGGAACGAGGGGCAGUGGAAGGGCAGGCUGAAUUGGUGGCACAGACCCAGGAAGUGGUGAUGAGGCAGAAACCCCCCACGGGGCGGAGGAAUGUCCAGGGUAUGCGUCACCCUCACUACGCCCUGCCUUUGGAUGGGCUAGAACCCUCUUUGUUUUCUCCUGAUCCCAAAGACUCAGCCCCAGCUCCCGGUUCCACAGGAGAUGUAGCCUCAGGCAAACCAAAUGGAAACCUUGCUCCCCUCCCACUAGAGGAUGACUCUCUGGCCUCCAUCCCCUUCAUAGACGAGCCAACCAGCCCCGGCGCCGAUUUGCGCGCCCGGCACGUGCCGGCGUCCUCCGUUGUCUCCAGCGGCAUGAGUUCAACGCCCGCCGUGGUCAACAGCCCCGCAUCCCCCACCUUCACCUUCCCCCUCACUAGGCUCUUCUCACACGACUGCAGCAGUAUUAAAUCCAGUCGCCGUUCCUCCUAUGUUCUAGCCAUCUCCAGCGAGCGCUCCAAGUCAUGUGACGAAGGACUCAACACGUUCAGAGAGGACGGACGAUCCUUGAGGCUUCCAAAAAGAGUGAAGAGCUUCUUCACAGAUGGGUCUCUGGACAACAUCGGGACAGCGGAGGAGGUUCGGUCGAAACGUCACUCCACCUCGGAGCUGGGAAACAUCACUUACAGCGAUGUAUGGCGAGAAGGAUGGCUGCACUACAAGCAGAUCCACACCGAGAAGGGCAAGAAGGUAGGCAGCGCCAUGCGUCCGUGGAAGCGUGUCUUUUCGGUUCUUCGCUCCCAAUCGCUGUUCCUCUACAAGGAUAAGCGGGAGGCGGUGCUUCGCGGAGCCACAAUUGGAGGUUCGGCCGAGGAUGAGCAGCCGAUCAGCAUCCAGGGCUGCCUGGUGGACAUCGCGUACAGCGAGACCAAACGAAAGCACGCCCUCCGGCUGACCACCCAGGACUUCUGUGAGUACUUGCUGCAAGCAGAGGACCGGGAGGACAUGCUGAAUUGGAUAAAGGUCAUCGGGGAGAACAGCAAGAUAGACAACGAGGAGCUCGGCUUUUCCAGGCAGGCCCUCAUUAAUAAGAAGCUUAAUGACUACAGAAAACAAAGUCCAACUGUCAACAAGCCAGACUCCUCUCCCAAGUUGUCCCGUAUGAAGCCUCCCUUCCUGCUCAAUAAGACGGAGAACGCUGCUGGAGCGCCACGCUCGCCCAAACCAGAAGGCAAAGAUGAGAGCAGCCCUCCCAAGUCUCCAUGGGGAAUUAACAUCAUGAAGAAAGCAAAGAAAGCUGGGCCCAAAGCUUUCGGUGUGAGGCUGGAGGAAUGUCAACCUGGUACAAAUAACAAGUUCGUUCCAAUGAUUGUGGAGAUCUGCUGUGGCCUCGUGGAGGAGAUGGGUCUGGAAUACACCGGCAUUUACCGAGUCCCAGGGAAUAACGCCAUGGUGUUGCUGCUCCAGGAGCAGCUCAACAAGGGCGUGGACAUCAACCCUGCAGAGGAGAAGUGGCAGGACCUCAAUGUCGUCAGUAGCUUACUCAAAUCCUUCUUCAGGAAACUCCCAGAGCCACUCUUCACCAACGACAAGUACAACGACUUCAUCGAUGCCAAUCGGAUGGAAAAUGCAUCCGACAGACUGAAGACCAUGAAGAAGUUGAUCCGCGACCUCCCAGAUCAUUAUUACCACACUCUCAAGUUCCUGGUUGGUCACCUGAAGACUGUAGCCGACAACUCGGAUAAAAACAAGAUGGAGCCUCGUAACUUGGCUCUCGUGUUUGGGCCGACGCUGGUUCGGACGUCUGAGGACAACAUGAAAGACAUGGUCACUCACAUGCCCGACCGCUACAAGAUCGUAGAAACGCUCAUACAACACUGCACCUGGUUUUUCACUGACGAGCUAGACAAGGAUGAGAAGACACCAGUGGACACGGAGGACGUGCAGCCCGCCCCCAACAUCGACCACCUGCUCUCCAACAUCGGCAGGACCGCUCUGCUCGGCGAAGCCUCGGAUUCAACCAACAGUGAUUCAGCGAAAUCAAAGGGGUCAUGGGGGUCAAAGAAGGACCUCACAGCCAAGGAAUUCCUGGCUCUGUCCAUCAUGUCAGCGGUUACUGGCCGCAAACGCAGGAAGCGCCAUAACGCCCGCCGCGUGGGCAGCAGCACCGACGACGACUCUGAGCAUGAGCCGAUCAAAGCUGGACAUUUAGGGGCAGGAGAGGAAGAGGAGGUGGAGUCGCCAGUAGGAGACACUGCUCCUCGAGCAGAGGGAGAGGAGGAUGACGACGAAGAGGAAGAAGAGGACGAGGAGGAGGAGGAUGAGGAAGUUGUAGAGAGCGGAGUGAAAGAGGAGCGACAAGAGGAGCCGGCCGUUAAACCCAAUCGGUUGUCCUGUAAAGUGGAAGAGGAGGCGGGAGGAAGGCAGGCAGCCAUGUUAAACGAGGAGGAGGAGGUGCAGGCGGAGGUGAAGGGGCCUCAGUGGCGAGCUCCAGAGGAUGCUCGCUCUAUAGUUUCAGGUUACUCCACCCUCUCUACUUUAGGGAGGAGCUUGGGAUCUGAGGGGAGGGGGGACGAUGCUGAUGAUGAACACAGCGAGCUGGUGAGCGAGACAGAUAAUGAGAGCGGCUUCGCCUCGCGCUCUCUUACACAGGAGAGACCCGAUAAACACCCGGCGCCACCUGUAAACACGCAGCUGCUGGCGCCGCCGCGAAGCUUUCUCUACACACACUACAAAAGCCCCGCUCUGUCAACCAGUAACAUUCUCACCCCACCCACUUCCCUCACACAGAGACCAGACUCCACAGAGAGGAGCGACGGAGGGGCCCGCUCCACCACACCUUCUUCCUCCUCCUUCUCGUCCUCCUCCACCACUCACAGACUGCACUCGCGGCCUUCCUUUAACUCCCACAAGCUGAUCCAGUGCGACACUCUGGCCAGGAGGAAGCUGAAGUCUGAGAAAAACAAGACUCGCUCCCUGGACCUGAUGGAGUCUCCCGAGGGCACGGCUCCAUCCGAGGGCUCCGGCUCAGGAACGGAAGGUGCACCCACAGCAAAGAGGGAUACCUCCAGAACCAACACUUCCUCAGGCAGCAGCCAGGAGAGUCUGCGCCCAGCCCGACCCAAGCCUGCAGUGCUGCCCAGCGAGGCCGCUUCCUUCACUCCGACCGGCCCGGGCGGGAAGUCGCUGGCCGAUCAGGUCCGCGCCCGACUGCUAGGCUCAGCUGACAACCUGCACCGCGUCGGACUGCGGAAACCACCGUCACCCGAGACGCGCAGGAAGAAGCGGGCUUGGCGCAGACACACUGUGGUGGCUUCCCCGACUGAGAUGUCCGAUAAGAGACCCCAGCUGAUUGUCAGCGAUUUCCCCUUAUCUCCUAACAAUCAAAACCAGGUCAAAACACAAGGGCUGCCUCGGGAUGCAGAAGGUCUUGACCAAGGACCGGCUACACGUCAAGCACCCACCUCCAAUUUCCACCAGUACCUUUGAACCCUGACCCCAACCACCGCUCCAAGAAAAGAGGCCAAAGCUGCUGAUUCUCAGUUUGUGCGUAAGGAUGGGGGAGUGGAUGUCCAGCUGAGCUGCUGACGGCCUGCAGGUCAGUAAACUGGCAGCAGUGCAAACGGGGAUGUGGUUGGUGGACAGGUGAAAAACGGCCCACCUUAUUUGUUGUUGUUGUUGUUGUUUUUUUACUUUUCAUUGAGCUCCAUUUGCAUGGCAGGGUGCGUUCCAGUGUUGCCAAAGCUUUCAUUUUCUUUUUCCUUUAAGUGUGCUCUUAUAGAAAUGAUAGGACAGAGACACAAACAGACGUCAUCACGGUCGACGUAAGAGCCAAGAAUUCUGAUUCGUGUAACAACUGAGCAUCCCUCGUCUUCUCUUCCUUCCUGUCUGGAUCACAGAUGACGUAAAUUAAAAGUUUAAUCGACCAGACGAGGAUGCUGAAAUGCAGCUUCUACAGUUAUUAAAAAAAAAAAAA